AUGUCUUCUGGGCCGAGAUCUUGGUUAUCACGGCUUGGCGAAGAGAGCGGCUUCAUUUCGAUUUCGCAGUCUUGUCGCGAUACCAAAGUACUCUGCUUACAACGUUUCGUUCGCCUCUUUGCAUACGGCGCAUCAUUCCUUAUUCUGGUACACUUUCUCUCGAGUCUAGGCUACUCGGAUGAACGAAUCGGCCUUUUCAUGACAUUGACUCUUCUCGGAGAUGUCGUCAUCAGCUUCUUACUCACAGCCGUCACCGAUCAAGUUGGAAGACGAAAGGUCCUUGCCACCGGAGCAGCACUUAUGGUUAUGAGUGGUCUGGUCUUUGCAAUGGUUGGGAACUACUGGGUCCUCGUUAUUGCCAGUAUCUUCGGGGUCAUCAGUCCCAGCGGAAAUGAAAUCGGGCCUUUUCGCGCCGUUGAAGAGUCGAUUCUCGCUCAGUUCACGCAGAAAGAAAAGCGCAGUGAUAUCUUCGCAUGGUACACGCUCUUUGGCUCGGCAGGCGCCGCCCUAGGCACACUUACCUGCGGUUGGGUAGUGCAGGCGCUUGAAGGCAAUGAGUCUUGGACUCAGAACGAAGCAUACAGAGUCGUCUUUCUUAUAUAUGCGGCCAUCGGCUUACUCAAGCUAAUGCUUAUUUUUGCCCUUACGUCUGGUGUUGAGGCAACGCCGACAGAGACCGACGAUCAAAUCUUUCGAAGAAAUACCGAAACUCAACCUCUACUUGGGGACAACUCAGACGGUGAACAGAGCCAGUCUAGGCAGUCAACAGGAGCAGAGUCCCGUCGGCCAACGAUCAUGCAACGCACAAGGGCUCUACUCCCUUAUAUCUCUCCGCUAUCUCGAUCGAUACUGUUUCGGCUCCUCAUUCUAUUCUGUCUCGACUCUUUUGCCUCCGGAAUGGCAUCACCAUCUUGGUUAACUUACUACUUCACCACCGUUCACUCUCUGAAGCCAGGAUCGCUGGGAACACUAUUCUUGGUCACCAAUCUUCUCGCCACAAUUUCGAACCUCGUGGCACUUCCUCUUGCCCGUCGUUUAGGGCCACUCAAGACCAUGGUUUUCACUCACCUGCCUUCUGCUAUCUUUUUGUCAAUGAUCCCUCUUCCAUCGCCCGGUUCGGGUGGAACAUGGACUGCGAUGGCAUUUCUGUCCUUGAGAGCGUGUACACAGAGCAUGGAUCAAGCACCUAGACAGGCCUUCCUUGCCGCUGCAGUUCUCCCCAACGAAAGAACGGCCGUGUUGGGCGUGGUCAAUAUUGUAAAGACGUGGGCUCAAGCGGGUGGCCUUGGUUCUGCAGGGUAUCUCGCUGGGAAGAAUCUUUGGAUCGUGGUAUUUACGGGAGCAGGAAUCAUGAAGGCAUGCUACGACUUAUUGAUGCUCGGGUUGUUUUUGGGACUCAGAGAUCGGGAAGACGGCAGCUCCAAGUCCCAUUCGAGGGACGAGGAAGAAUCUUGA